CGUCGUUUUGACGGUCAUCCAGAAGGCCUGCUCCUUCUCAGUUCUCCCCUGUACUGGUCUCUUUCGUCCGCUCACCCACCCGCCAAUGGGUAAAAAGAGCAAUAAAAACAUGCAGACUUUGCUCGGAUUCAGAGCUUCACAGGUCCUGAUCAAUUCCUCCACGAUUUCUCUCUCUCGGACCCUUCCUUCACUCAGCUUCUUCCAGAUCAAUUCCUCUCAGCUCCCCGUCUCCGGCCGAAGUUUUGUGGCCAUGGCUGGCGCAGACGAGUUUGUUAAGGGCAGCGUUCAUCCGAAUGGCCUAGCCGUCAUCACUCUUGAUCGCCCCCGAGCUCUCAAUGCCAUGAACUUAGAUAUGGACAUACAGUACAAAAGGUAUCUUGACGAAUGGGAGCAAGAUCCAAAGGUCAAAUGCGUCCUUGUUGAGAGCAGCUCAUCUCGUGCCUUUUGUGCAGGAAUGGAUAUUAAAGGGGUUGUUGCUGAAAUUCAAAAGGACAAAAGUGGUGAUGUGAAGCAGAUCACGACCAAAAACAAAUUACCAGAUAUGAUUGAGGUAUUUACAGCAGAGUAUUCUUUAAUAUGCAAAAUUUAUGGUUACAAGAAACCCUACUUGUCCUUCAUGGAUGGCAUAACAAUGGGUUUCGGUAUAGGCCUAUCGGGUCAUGGCCGUUACAGGAUCAUCACAGAGAGGACCCUUCUUGCGAUGCCAGAAAAUGGAAUUGGUUUGUUCCCAGAUGUUGGGUUUUCAUUCAUAGCAGCACAAGGUCCAGGAGAAGGAUCAGUCGGUGCAUACCUUGGACUCACUGGUAAAAGAAUUUCGACGCCAUCUGAUGCGCUAUAUCUUGGUCUUGGAACACAUUACGUUCCAUCUGGGAACUUAGGUUCACUGAAAGAGGGGCUCUUGACCGCAAACUUUUCCGAGGAUCCUCAUCAGGAUAUCAAAACUCUCCUGGCAAAAUACGGUAGUGACCCUGAGUCUCCACCAUCAUUGAAAUCGCUCUUACCUCAGAUAACUUCAUCUUUUGGCGCCAACAAGCCUGUUAAGGAGACGGUUGAAGAACUAAAGAAGCACCAACUUGAUACAAAUUCUUCAGUGGUGGAGUGGGCUAAAGAGUCUCUUCAAGGAAUUGGAAAAGGCGCUCCAUUUUCACUAGCAUUGACACAAAAGUAUUUCUCCAAAGUUGCUGCAGCACAUGGAAAGAGUAACGACGAACUAUCCACGCUUAAUGGUGUUAUGAGAACCGAGUAUCGCAUUGCCUUGAGGUCUUCCCUGCGCCAUGAUUUUGCAGAGGGAGUUCGAGCAGUUUUGGUGGACAAGGAUCAGAAUCCGAAGUGGAAUCCUUCAAACUUGGAGGAUGUUGAUGACAGAGAAGUAGACUCCCUCUACGAACCACUAAGUCCAGUGGCUGAAUUGGAAGUGUGAAUUACAUAAAAGAAAAACCAGUUUCAAUCAAUAACUGCCAGAACUUUGGCAAGAACCGUAGAUGAAGAUGAAGAAGAAGAUGUUUAUGGAAUUGCAGGGAGCAGCAAAAAACCGUGCAGGUUCUUUAUUACUUGUGUACUUAACUGUCCACGAAAAUUAUUGGAGAAUUUGUAGAAUUUGAUAAAUAUUUGAACGUGCGAAUAAGUUCCCACGACUUCUCUUUGAAUAUUUUUACCUUUUUCUGGGCCCCCUUUUAAAAACUUCUUUUUCUUUUUGGAAUAAAGUUAUAGGCGUGGAAAUAAAAUGUAGAUGGGACUAUGGUUUCCUUAGUA